AUUGUUCCUCCCAUCUUAUGCCAUAUUGUCUUAGUAUAAGAGAGUUUUAUUGUAAGUUCCUUUACUUCUUUCUGUCUAGGAGAUAAAUACAACCUCUCUCGGGUUGUCGUCGUUCAUGAUCAAAUUCCUACUGGUCAGGGGCCGAGGAAAACAAGGUUGUGGCUUGGAACAUUCUAAGACGGCGGAGGAUGCAGAUAGAGCCUAUGACGAAGCAGCCCGUAUGAUGUGUGGGUCGAGAGAAAGAACCAAUUUUCCGUAUAAUCCUCUCCAUCUUCUUCUGAAAGUUCUUGGCUCCCACUUUGAUUGGGAAGCUGCAGACAUGCUGCAGCUAACUAGGCCAGUGGUCAAAGUUGGAGAAGACAGCAACGACAGCAGCAGCAUCAAAAGUCUUGGUGGAAGCAGCGUCAGGCAGCAGUACUCUUCUACUUGCCUGCGCCUGGAUAGCCGGCUACCCAAUGACAUUGGUGUUUUUCAGUGGCGAAAAGUCAUUGGUCUACAUGGACGUGCUGGGAACAAACUACUUCUUCUUCGGCUUUUCUCUUGGCAUAGAAUCUUGCGGGCCGCAUUUGGAUGUUCACCAGAACAUGACCAAAUUUAUGUUUCACGGGUGGGGCCUGGCAGAGAUCGUGCAAAGCGUGAUCUUGGUCACGUUUUUGGUCCCGUCCCCGAAACGCGCCCUCCACGAGCACAAAAGAUAAAGAAGCCGGAGAACGGUGCCGUCGCCGGAGUAGGCCGCCGGUUGACUCACAGACGGCGAGAAGCUUCCCCUCUCCCUCUGAACCGUUGGAUCUGA